GCCAACAGUUUGUGAGCCGUAAUAGGCCUAUAUAGAUAGAUAGGCCAGCGAACAUCACUCAAAUCAAUUCUAUAAGCCAGCAAUGUUUACUGGAGAAACGGCAGCUGAGGAGAAUUGAAAGUAUCGCCGACAAAUUGUGUCACAUAUGUUUGUAUUUGUUGAGAGAGGGAGAUAUACGGACGGAACUGGACACGAGACGGUAAAUAGACGAUACUCGAACACAUGACAACAGCAGUAAGUGUUUUGAGUGAAGGUUGGUGUUUUUGUCGAUUAGAAAAUGUUUUGAUAUUAAAAAAAAAAAAAAAAAAAAAAUUCAAUGCAACAAAUAGAGAAGUCAUUAACCUAUUAACAACAUGAUCUGGACUACCUGGACUAACUUAAAGCACGUCUUCUUUAGGAAAUACGCAAGGCAGCAUCCGUAACAGCAUGUGAGUGAAGGGCGAUGAGAGCAAAUGACCUUUGUUUUGUGAUACUCAAAAUGCCAGGAAUAAACGUCUCCUUUUACUUUCGAGCUUAUAGACGAUGAACGGAAUAUUGUUCAACAGAUACAAACACGGACUUAGUGUUAGGUGGAAUAGCACACGUUCUUGUUAUGUUUGUGAUGUUUUGUUGGCGUUAAUUAGUUAAAGAUUCUAUUUGUGACACAAUCAUCUACAGACCAAGGGCAAGCCAGAAUGUCAGUAACACGUAAUGGAUUAAGAUGGUAAUUGACAUUUUCUGUCCGGAUCUUAACGUUCAAGCGGCACUCAGCUUCAUGGCAACCAUGUGGAUGGUUUCUCUGACUAGAGUUAAUUCCGACGACGUUAAGGAAUAUUACUACGCACCUCUUGCAUACGGUUCGGCUAGUUCCGGUUGUAAGAUGACACUUCAAGCGUACCCUAAUGUCGCGGAUGGAAAAGCAUUAUAUAUUACUAUGGCGACCAGAUACAACGAAACGUACACCGAUGACACAAACCUAACCCUGGACUCUUCAAAGAUGUACAAAUCAUCCAUAAUAUCACACGUUCACCAAUUCACAUCAGACGCUCGCCCAAAUAUGCAGAUAUUGUCAGACAAAGGUGACCCCAUGUAUAUCCCCUCAUCACAUCAACAGGCGACAGAUUAUUUACUUCUGCUGGACGACGCCAGUCAACAUGGAGGACAAGCAGUAUAUGUGGUCGGCAUGAACGACAACACGACAGUCAAUGUAUAUAUGAAUACUAACGUCUCUUCACAUGCUUCUACGGAGAUGGUCGCUUCUAUGCAAAUCAACAAUUAUGAUACAGUAUUGUUGAACUCUACAUAUACUGUAGACGGUGUCCGACUGAAUAGCAGUCUGUGCUUUGGUAUUGUUGUGAUGUCAGGGGAUGUUUGGAACCAAUGCAAUUUCAGUACAGAUUCUACGUGGGAACGGCUUCCAUCCACAACCUUUAUGGGUCGAGAGUUCCAUAUCAUGUCUCCGUCAAACCAGACUGUCCACAUUUGUAAAUUUAUAGGUUCACAGAGAGGAAAUCUGUCAAUUUACAAAGACGGAAAUUCCACUGUUUACGACACGUUACCAUAUACGUCACUGACAGUGAACUUGACAGGUCAACCGGAAGUCGUUGUGUCGUCUGCUGAACCAAUUCAAACGCUUUGUACGACGUGGGUGCAGCAGCAAACGUCACACGAGCAACAGGUGUACCGGAAUCAGUAUUUACCACUUCCGGUAGACCUCAUGUCAGGUUGUAAUGUUGCUAUUGUCCAAAACUGCGAAAAUAAAACCUGUAUUCUUGCCAUGAGCGCGAGCACAACGGAAGCUUUAGAUAUCCGACAAUCGAGUGAGAAAUCAAAAUCUACUGUCUUGUGUGUUCGGACUAGUGUACUUGGAGACCGCAAAUACCAAAUAUGGGACUUAUGGAAUCUAACCGACGGUGUGUAUGUACUGGAAACACAGGAUAGCGCCCCUCUCAUGGUGUUCAUUCUGGACCUAUUUUCCGGGCGCUUCUUUCCACUUGAACGUUCAACUUGUAACGCAUCAAUAGACUCACAAUCAAUCCAAGGCACAUCUGGGAACAAACCUGUUUCGAAUGCUGCCAUACAUUCCGCUCAGUCAUUAGCUGCAAAUGUAACAGGAGAACCAAGCGUCUCCUUACUUAGCAAUACAACGGAAGUCAAUUCCAACGGCACGUCCAACUCUAGCUCAAUCAACACUACACCAGUGGCAUCAACCGUGAAAACAACAACAAAACACGUGGUAGUUGUAUCACAAUAUUCAUUCAUGUAUGACGGAGUUUCAGAUGACGACAGAAUUCUUAAUGAGUAUAUGAUAGCUGUUAUUGUUUCUCUCGGGACGGCCAUUUUUGCUGUCAUCGCAUUCCUUUCUACUUUUCUAUUAUUAGAAGUUCUCUCCAGGAGGAGACAACUUGGAAACAGCAAAAUCAGACCAAUGGUCUCUUAGACACGUCUACACAUAUAGUUACUUUGUCUUCAGCAACGUUUUCAUGUUACUUCUUGUUUUUGUUGGUAUCUUAAUUAUGAAUCAAAUAAAUCUAUUUUUAC